AUGCACUUAAACGAUGGCUGCGAGGGCUCCACACAAUGCGGCUACAAAAAUCUGAUCGCGCCUCUUUCUCUCCCUCAAUCUUCCACUUUCGUCCUCACGCUUUCUCCUUUCCUGCCCACUGCGGCACCUCAAAAGCAACCCCCCGAGCACAUUCCGAGAAAGGCGCUGUUUGGUCCGCUUGAAAAAGCAGCCAUGGGCGCGGUUCAUCUCUACCUCAUUCGCCACGGCGAAUCCGUCGAUAAUUCUGGGUCGCAGCUUUCUUUUUCGUCUCUUAGCGAAAAGUCAAACUUGUCACCCAUUCUAAUUAGCAGCGCGCUCUUUGUGGGCGUGGCGCGUGUUUGCAGUGCUGGGUCUCGCGACGCACCUUUGACGAACCAUGGCGUCUUGCAAGCCAAGCGCCUGGGUGAACAUCUCGCGACGCGAACCGCUGCGGCCUCGGCCCCCAUCACGCAUGUCUUUUCGUCGAAUCUUCAAAGAGCCCACCGCACUGCGAUGCUAGCAGCCCACACUGGCGAUGCCGAUGCCCAGGCAUCGUCUAGUACCGACGCUGGGUCCAUACCCUCAACGGUUGGAGUGGCCCCGCUGCAGUUAGCAGAGCUCCGGGAGAAACAUUUUGGAACAGGCGAGGGUCAGAGGUUCGGCGCCCGGUCGUCUGGAAAGAGACAUGAAGGCGCCGAAGACCACGACUCGAUGCGCGUGCGUGCGGAGCGGUUCGUUGACGAGUACCUCGCUCCUCUCUUCGCUUGCGUCGAAGGAGAGCGAGAUGAAGAGCAAGAGGGUGCCAGCAACGGUACGGAGAGCAUCAUCAUUGUUGCCCAUGGCAUCAUCCUGGGCGUGCUGGCGAGGGUUCUCCUUGCCGCUGGCAACUUUGGAUCUUUGGCAACCGGCACGUCGGACCAGCAACAGCGUUUCUCGUGGUGCAACACCGGUUAUCUCUUGAUUCACAUCAAGUCGAUGCCGGCAGUCGAUGCGAAAGAGUCUGCUGGUCUGCGAAGCGGUACGCAGGAACCCAGAUGGCCCCAUCUGAAGCUUGAAAUUGUGGAAGUCAACUGCACUGAACACCUUCGCGGUUUGAAAAAGACGCGCGGAGGGAUUGGCAGCGCAAAAUUUGACGAGAAGCAGAAGACGCUCAGCGCGUUCUUCAAACCGACUGCAUCCAAACGGAAGCACGAGGACAGCUGA